AUGACCUGCGAUUUACUAACCGUCCAAGCUUCCAUGGUAGCUUCGGAAUCCGCCUUUUCUUUUAGUGGAAGAGUUUUAUCAAAGUUUUGGACGACUCUUACCCAGGUUGCGGUAGAGGUUUGCAUUUGCUUGAAGGAUUACUUGGAUUCGGUGGAACGUAUACAACACUUGGCAUUACUAGAAGACCCACUAACACAAAAUGUUGAACUGGAGAUCAUGGAUGAAGAAUAUGCACAAGGCUUAUCAACACCUCCAGAAGACGAAGACGAUGACGAUGAAGACGAAGACGAAGAUGAAGAAUAUGUGAAUGCUCUUCGUGAAAUAGCUAAAGAAUUGGGAAAAAAGAAAUGGAAUUUUUCCCUGAACCCUUGUGGUGGAGAUCCCAGCUGGAACACAAAUGUGACAGACACAGGUUCUCAGUUUAAAAACAGUGUUCUGUGUGAUUGUUCGUAUCCUGGUGGUGUUUGUCACGUUGUUGAGAUAGCUGUUACGGCUAAUCGCCUGUCAGGAAGCAUUCCAACAUCUUUGGGGGAGAUAACCUCUCUUGUAACUGUGAUUCUGGAGAACAACAUGUUCUUCGGAACUGUUCCUGCUGAGCUUGGAAAAUUAACAAAUUUAUCAGUUCUGGUCUUGAGUGCAAAUAAUUUCUCUGGUAAAUUGCCAGAGGAGCUUAAUCUUCUCACAAAUUUGACAGAACUCCGGAUAAGUAGCAACAACUUCAGUGGGAAAAUUCCAAACCUUGGAAACUGCACAAAACUUCAGAAAUUAGAGAUCCAAGAUAGUGGUCUAGAAGGACAAAUACCCGAAAGUCUUUCCUUCUUGAGAAAUAUAACAGAACUACGGAUUUCUGAUUUAAGUGGAGAGGGCUCACAUUUUCCAAAUCUGAGUAGGAUGGCGAACAUGACUAAGUGGAUGUUGAGAAGCUGCAAUAUAAUUGGGACUAUUCCAGGUUAUAUAUCGCAAAUGUCCAAUUUGAGCCAUCUAUAUCUGACUGGUAACUCCCUGGAAGGCAGUCUUCCUAAAUGGAUCACAGAUAAAGAUCUUGUAGAUCUUUCCUACAACAACUUUAGUAAAGACACUGUGCCACAAGAUUGUGGUGAAUCACUGAACUUAUUCAGAAGCUACUCAAGUGGGAAUAACUCCAAAGCUGAUCUGUUUUAUGUUUCUCCAGACUACUAUUCAGUUUAUAUCAAUUGUGGUGGGCCAGGAGUUACCAUUGGAAACAAGACUUAUGAAGCAGAUGAAUAUCUAGGUGGACCUGCAAAUUUUUUUCCUUCAAGUGAUCGUUGGGGAUUUAGUAACACAGGAAAGAUAGUUUUCAGAGACAACCAAUCUUACAAGAGUCUUGGAAGACGUGUUUUUGAUGUUUAUGUUCAGGGUGUAACCAAGUUGAAGAAUUUUGAUAUCAAGAUUGCAGCAGGUGGGGUUGAUAAGGAAAAGUCCGGUUCCAAUAUGCUGGAAAGGGUACAACAGCUGUCCCAUUGA